CCUUUUAUGCUAUUCUCUCUACGCUGUGCUUAUCUACUUUUAUCAGCUGUUAAUGUCAACUCAAAAGCAAAUCAAUUAAGUCGCGAAAAAUCAUUUGUAGUUUUUCACAAAAAUCACAAAAAUCGCAAUAAUUCUUUGUGUUCGCGCAAAAUGGCUCGACGAGUGCUAUUCAGUCGCUUGUCGGUUAUUGAGCAACGCGCAUAUUUCUCGCAUACUAAACGUUUGACGUUUCCACCGCCACGGCGUGCUGACAACAACAACAUGUUGAGUACUGAAAACCUAACACCGAUUGUAACAAUCCCACAAGGACUAACCACAACGCCAACGUUGACAUGUAAUUUUACAACACAAAAACAACUGGAGCCCACGAUUGAGCAGCAAUAUGAGGAAUGUGUUAGUGAUUUGAAUACGCUGCAAUCGAAUGCGAUAACGAUACGCCGCUCAAUUUUAUUGAACAAUAAACAAUUGCCAUUAAGUGAUAUGUACAAGUAUAUGGAGCGAAGUGGCCUGAGUUUGGACGAAUUGGAAAAGAUACCUUUCAUACACGUGUCCGGCACAAAGGGGAAGGGUUCUACUUGUGCCCUAACCGAAUCCAUACUACGUGCACAUGGCAUCAAAACCGGCUUCUAUAGUUCACCGCAUUUGCUGUCGGUAACGGAGAGGCUACGUCUCAAUGGACAACCCAUAUCGAAACAGAAAUUUGUACGUACCUUCCGACGUGUCUACAAUCACCUGCGUAAACAACAACAAUAUGAAGGAGAUAUGCCGGCAUAUUUUAAGUUCCUAACAAUACUAAGUUUUCAUCUGUUUCUCGAAGAGAAAGUGCAGGUCAUCAUAAUGGAGGUGGGCAUUGGCGGCGAAUUGGAUUGCACAAAUGUGAUAAGAAAUACCCAAACCGUUGGCAUAACUUCACUCGGACUGGAGCAUACACAAUUGUUGGGCGAUACGCUUAGUGAAAUCGCUUGGCAAAAGUCGGGCAUAAUUAAGGACAAUGCAGAUGUUUACACAUCUGUAACGCAAAAGGAAUGUCUCGAUAUGAUCAAAAAGCGUGCCGCAGAGCAUAAUGCCACGCUGCACAUCGUGCCUGAAUAUCGGAAAUACUUUCAUACAGCCGAAAAUAAGGAACUACUCUCCAAUCUCAAUGAAGUGAUACGACUUAAUGGCUCACUGGCCAUACAAUUAUCAUACGAUUGGUUACGUAAGAACGGUUACACGCACUACAAACAAAUCGAUCCAACGGAACUAACAAGCGAAGUGGAAAUGGGUUUGCAACAGUGCAAUUGGCCGGGACGUUGCCAAAUCUUGGGCAUUGAUAAUCUAAACUUCCACAUCGAUGGUGCGCACACUGUUGAGAGCAUGCGUGUUUGCAGUGAUUGGUUUAAGCGCGUAACGGAAAAGAGCACAAACCCACGUGUGCUCAUCUUCAACACCACCGGUGAACGUGAUUCGCGUCGUCUGCUAGAGGUGCUAUACAGCACUGUCGACUUCGAUACGGUUUACUUUGCGCCAAACAUCGCAUCUGGUGCUUCAAAUCAUAAUGAUAACACAUCGGUUUACGGUAUAACGGAACAGUUGAAACGUGCACGACUUCAUUCGAGCCUUUGGUGUCAACUAUGCUUCGAGUCGGACGAAGAGGAUACGUCGAAAACAUUCGGCUCGAUACUUGAUUGUUUGAAGGACGUGCGCUCGGUUUACGGCGCGGAACAACCGGUGGAUGUGCUAGUUACCGGUUCCUUACAUCUAAUCGGCGCUACAAUGGCAGCAUUUAAAUAUUUAUAAAGGAAAUAGAUGUCAAAAAUUAUACAUAUAUUCUAUUGUAACGUUAUUUAUAUAUUAUAGAAAAAGUACAUAAAUUUUUGUCCUAAUGUA